AUGAGGAAGUAUGGUCUCGCUGGAGAUAACGUGCUAGACGCAAAGAUCGUUGAUGCUAACGGCAAAUUACUCGACAGAAUAGCAAUGGGUGAGGAUGUGUUUUGGGCGAUCAGAGGAGGCGGUGGAGGGAGUUUCGGGGUAAUUCUUGCGUGGAAGAUCAAGCUUGUUCCUGUUCCUAAGACCGUUACCGUCUUCACCGUCACCAAAACGUUAGAACAAGACGUGGGAAACAAGAUUCUGUCAAAGUGGCAAGUAGUAGCGGACAAGGUUGUUGAAGAGCUGUUCAUCAGAGUGAUCUUCAACGUAGCUGGAAACAACAAGAACAAGACUGUGACGACGUCGUACAAUGCUCUGUUUCUUGGAAACAAAGGCACGUUGACGAAUGUUAUGAAGGAGAGUUUUCCGGAGCUAGGGCUUACAAGGAAAGAUUGUGUUGAAAUGAGCUGGAUCGAGUCCGUUGUGUCCAUUUCUGGAUUCCCGAGCGGCACUCCUACUAAUGUUUUGCUUCAAGGGAAAUCUCCUUUCCCAAAGAUCAACUUCAAAGCCAAAUCGGAUUUCGUGAAGAAUCCGAUCUCCGAAUUAGGGCUUAAAGGAAUGUUCAAUAAGUUGCUUACUGAAGAUAUGUGGCAUAUGCCAUUGAUGAUAUGGAAUCCUUACGGAGGAAUGAUGGCUAAAAUCCCUGAAUCUCAGAUCCCUUUUCCGCAUAGAAAAGGAGUCAUCUUCAAGAUCCAGUACCUAACAACUUGGCCAGACAGCGACAAGAGAACGAGCAGGCAUAUUAACUGGAUCAGAGAUCUUUACAGUUACAUGACGCCGUAUGUAUCAAGCAAUCCACGACAAGCUUAUGUAAACUACAGAGACCUAGACCUCGGAAAGAACAAGAUAAACUCGAGCGUCAAACAAGCUCAAAUGUGGGGAGCUAAGUACUUCAAAGACAAUUUCAACAGAUUGGUGAAGGUUAAAUCAAAGUUUGAUCCAGAGAACUUCUUUAGACACGAGCAGAGCAUCCCAACUCUGUCCGUUCGAAGAUAA